CAACUGUCACACUCGCCAGCACGAGCCAGCCUCUCUCUGGAGCCGCAUGUGACCUCCAACUGUCACACUCACCAGCACGAGCCAGCCUCUCUCUGGAGCCGCAUGUGACCUCCAACUGUCACACUCACCAGCAUGAGCCAUAUUACAUCCACCCAAGGUGUCUGAGAGUGGAACACAACAUUCACAGAAAUGAACACCAGCUCCCCAGCACAAAGUGCCUUGGCUCCUAUUGCUAAUUCCGGGGGACCCACUACACCUCGGAAGGGACCUCCUAAAUUCAAGCAAAGGCAGACCCGUCAGUUCAAGAGCAAGCCACCAAAGAAGGGCGUUAAAGGGUUUGGUGAUGAUAUCCCUGGGAUGGAGGGACUGGGAACAGAUAUCACUGUUAUCUGCCCAUGGGAGGCAUUCAACCACUUAGAGCUGCAUGAGCUGGCUCAGUUUGGAAUCAUCUAGCACUCCAUCAGCUGAAACUCUAUCAAGUUACCAAAAUCGUAUGAUGUAUCUUGUAUCUCAGUGUUGUGUUGGCGACAAGGAACCUGGAAUUACAUUUAUAUAGAAUGCUACUAAGCUAUAUAGCGCAACGCCUGGUAAAACUGUGCAGGACGAAUGUUUCAUCACUGCUACAUUCAUCAAUGAGAAAGUCUAUGUCUGGUGAUGGAUGGGCUCCAGGACAGAAUAUUAUUUGUUUCUUAUACUGUAUGUGUAAACUAAAACUGUUUUGCGUCUUUGCUGUAAUUACCUAUAACUAAUGUGCUGUGAUUAAUGUAAGUUAUACAAUCUCUCAGGGGAUAGCGUACCAUAGGGAAGGUCCUGGGGGACCACCUUAAUUUGGAAGACUAGUAUGUAAAAUGCUGGCCCCAUAUAGUAGUGGACAGCUUAAUUACAUUAAAUAUGAAUAAAAUCAUGACUAUCCCAUAACUAUUCAUUUUUUACAAGUUUGAUUCCUUUUUUUUAUCGCUUUCUUAUCUCAGAAUAAAUGUUAAUUAUUUAAACGAUCAGGCUAAUGAGAAUUGCUGUUCAGUGCAACCCUGAACUGUGGAGAUAUGGAUUUAAGAUUGAUCAGUUUAGAGGAAGCCCUGCGCCUAUCAGCACUGGGACAAAAACAGUCAUUUAUUAUUACUAUUAUUAUUAUUAUUAUUAUUAUUAUUAUUAUGUAAAUGAUUUGCUUUAUUUUGGCCUAUUGAUUACGGGGAUUGUAGACUGGGUUACAAAUGAAUAAUCACAGCAAGAAUUAAUAUAUUAAUACUUACUAUUUAUAUUGAUGUUAUUUUCUCAAAUCCACAGUUACUUUUCUGGGUUUGGAUGUGUCUGUGUAUUCUUGUCUUUAUUUAUUAUACAUUUAUAUAUGAAUUUCCCUUUUCCAACGUACAGCGGUGUUACAUUGCAGGAUGCGUAUUAGUUACCGGCGGUUACAGAUAUUCUUUGUGGUACAUUAGGAUGUGGCUCAUGUAGAACGGUGAUGAACCUGAAAUAAAUGUAUUGUUAUAACUUUGGCUUCUUACCAAAGUGUGACAUGAA